AUGGCGAGGCAGCGCGCGCCUCUCUGCGUUGGGGGCGCCCCCUCGGGCCGCUCCCGGGGUCCCGCGUCGCUGCUGCUGGUCGGCCUAACCUUGCUGGGUUCGGCUUGGGCCACGGAGCCUGGGGGCUUCAGCCUUCACCCACCCUACUUCAACCUGGCCGAGAGCUCCCGCAUCUCGGCGUCCGCGACCUGCGGCGAGGAGGACCCCGCACGCGGCGCUCCGCGCCCCACGGAAGACCUCUACUGCAAACUGGUGGGAGGUCCAGUGGCCGGCGGGGACCCCAACCAAACCAUCCAGGGCCAGUACUGUGACAUCUGUUCAGCCGCCAACAGCAACAAAGCCCACCCUGUGAGUAACGCUGUUGACGGUACGGAACGCUGGUGGCAGAGCCCCCCAUUGUCCCGUGGCCUGGGCUACAACGAGGUCAACAUCACUCUGGAUCUGGGCCAGGUCUUCCACGUGGCUUAUGUGCUCAUCAAAUUCGCUAACUCCCCUCGGCCGGACCUCUGGGUAUUGGAACGAUCCACGGACUUCGGCCAGACCUACCAGCCAUGGCAGUACUUUGCCUCCUCCAAGAGGGACUGCCUGGAGCGGUUCGGGCCGCGGACAUUGGAACGUAUUACACAAGACAACGACGUCAUCUGUACCACUGAGUACUCGCGAAUCGUGCCCCUGGAGAAUGGCGAGAUUGUGGUAUCUCUGGUCAAUGGACGUCCGGGCGCCAUGAACUUCUCCUAUUCCCCGCUGCUCCGCAACUUCACCAAGGCCACCAACAUUCGUCUGCGCUUCCUGCGGACCAACACACUGCUGGGCCACCUCAUGGGCAAGGCCCUGCGGGACCCCACGGUCACCAGGCGGUACUAUUACAGCAUCAAAGAUAUAAGUAUCGGCGGCCGCUGCGUCUGCCAUGGCCACGCAGAUGCCUGUGACGCUAAAGACCCCAUGGACCCAUACCGGCUGCAGUGUGCCUGCCAGCACAACACAUGUGGGAGCUCCUGUGAUCACUGCUGCCCCGGCUUCCACCAGCAGCCAUGGCGGCCAGCCACCACCGACAGUGCCAACGCGUGUCAGUCCUGUAACUGCCAUGGCCACACCUACAACUGCUACUACGACCCCGAGGUGGACCGGAGGAACGCCAGCCAGAACCAGGACCUCAUCUAUCAGGGUGGGGGUGUCUGUAUUGACUGCCAGCACCACACUACCGGCAUCAACUGUGAGCGCUGCCUGCCCGGCUUUUUCCGCUCCCCAGACCACCCUCUGGACUCGCCCCACGCCUGUAGCCGCUGCAACUGCGAGUCCGACUUCACCGAUGGCACAUGUGAGGACCUGACCGGCCGCUGCUACUGCCGACCCAACUUCACAGGGGAGCACUGCGACGCAUGCGCAGAGGGUUUCACCAACUUUCCACACUGCUACCCUGUGUCUUCGUACCCCCACAAUGACACUGGAGCACAGGUGCUGCCAGCUGGACAGAUCAUCAACUGUGACUGCAGUGCUGCGGGGACCCAGGACAAUGCCUGCCGAAAGGACCCACAGGUGGGGCGCUGCGUGUGCAAACCCAACUUCCAGGGCGCCCACUGUGAACUCUGUGCCCCUGGAUUCUACGGCCCCGGCUGCCAGCCAUGCCAAUGCUCCAGCCCCGGGGUAGCCAACAGCGACUGUGACCAAGACUCGGGCCAGUGUGUGUGCCGGGUGGGCUUCGAGGGCACAGCGUGCGACCGGUGUGUUCCUGGAUACUUUCACUUCCCUCUCUGCCAACUGUGUGGCUGCAGCCCUGCGGGGACCCUGCCUGGAGGCUGCGAUGAAAUAGGUCACUGCCACUGUCGGCCCGAGUUUGACGGUCCCCACUGUGACCAGUGCCGAGCUGGCUACCAUGGCUACCCAGAUUGCCAGGCCUGUGCCUGCGACCCUCAGGGCGCCCUGGACCAGCUGUGUGGGGCACGCGGGGUGUGCCACUGCCGCCCUGGCUACUCGGGUCCCUUCUGCCAGACCUGCAGUCCAGGCUUCCACGGCUUCCCGGACUGCGUCCCCUGCCAUUGCUCUGCCGAUGGCUCCCUGCAUGCGGCCUGUGACCCCCGGAGUGGACAGUGCAGCUGCCGGCCCCGCGUGACAGGGCUGCGAUGUGACAUGUGUGUGCCCGGUGCCUAUGACUUCCCCCACUGCGAAGCUGGCUCCUGCCACCCCGCCGGCCUGGCCCCAGCCCACCCCACCCUGCCUGAGGCACAGGAGCUCUGCGUGUGCCGGGCUCAUGUGGAGGGGCCAAGCUGUGAUCGCUGCAAAUCCGGGUUCUGGGGGCUGAACCCCAGCAACCCUGAGGGCUGUACCCGCUGCAACUGUGACCCCCGAGGCACACUGGGAGGUGUUACUGAGUGUCAUCAGGGCAGUGGCCAUUGCUUCUGCAGACCCCACGUGUGUGGGCAGACCUGCACUGCCUGCAGGGACGGCUUCUUCGGGCUGGACCAAGCCAGUUACUUCGGCUGCCUCAGCUGCCGCUGUGAUGUUGGCGGCGCCCUGGGCCAGGGCUGCGAGCCUCGGACGGGCGCCUGCCUCUGCCGCCCCAACACUCAGGGCUCCACCUGCAACAAGCCAGCUCCGGACCACUACCUGCCCGACUUACAUCACCUGCGCCUGGAAUUGGAGGAGGCGACCACACCCCAGGGCCAUGCGGUCCGCUUUGGCUUCAACCCUCUGGAGUUCGAGAACUUCAGCUGGAGGGGCUAUGCACAGAUGUUGCCCAUCCAGCCCAAGAUCGUGGCCCGGCUGAAUGUGACCUCCCCAGACCUCUUCUGGCUCAUCUUCCGUUACGUCAACAGGGGCCCCACCAAUGUGGUUGGACAUGUCUCUGUUCGGGAAGAGGGCAAGUUUGAGACCUGUGCCAACUGUACGAUGCAGGGUCAGCAAGUGUCCUUCCCGCCCAGCACGGAGCCCACCUUCAUCACGGUACCCCAGAGGGGCUUUGGGGAGCCCUUUGUGAUGAACCCUGGCACCUGGGCUCUGCUCGUGGAAGCUGAAGGCGUGCUCCUGGACUAUGUGGUGCUGCUACCAAGCGCCUACUACGAGGCAGCCCUCCUGCAGCUGCGAGUGACCGAGCCCUGCACCUACCGCCCCAUCACCCAGCACUCCUCGGACAACUGCCUCCUCUAUGCCCACCUCCCCCUGGAUGGCUUUCCCUCGGCUGCUGGACCCGAAGCACUAUGUCGUCAUGACAACAGUCUGCCCCGGCCCUGCCCCAUGGAGCAGCUCAGCCCCUCCCACCCGCCACUGGCCGCCUGCCUGGGGAGUGAUGUGGAUGUGCAGCUUCAAGUGGCAGUGCCCAGGCCAGGCUUCUACGUGCUGUUAGUGGAAUAUGCCAAUGAGGACACUCGACAGGAGGUGGGGGUGACUGUGCACAGCCCCCAGCGGGCCCCUCAGCAGGGCAAACUCACUUUCUACCCCUGCUUGUACAGUACCCUGUGCCGGGGCACUGCCACGGAUACACAGCAACACCUGGCUGUUUUCCACGUAGACACGGAGGCCAGCGUCCGGCUCACGGCUGAGCAGGCACGCUUCUUCCUGCAUGGUAUCACCCUGGUUCCUGCUGAAGAACCCACCAUGGAGUUUGUGGAGCCCCAAGUCCACUGCAUCAGCCGGCAUGGCACCUUUGGUCCAAGCAGUGCUGCCUGCCUGCCCUCCCGCUUCCCGAAGCCGCCCCAGCCCAUCCUGUUACGGGACUGCCUGGUACUGCCUCUGCUGCCCAGCCUUCCACUCACCCACUCCCAGGAGCUCACACCGGCUGCACCCCCAGCUGGGCCCCAGCCUCGGCCUCCCACUGCCGUGGACCCCGACGCCGAGCCCACCCUGCUACGCCACCCUCAGGGUACUGUGGUCUUCACCACUCAGGUGCCCACUCUGGGCCGAUACACCUUCCUGCUACAUGGCUACCAGCCAGCGCACCCCACCUUCCCUGUGGAGGUGCUCAUCAAUGGGGGGCGCAUCUGGCACGGCCAGGCCAAUGCUAGCUUCUGCCCACAUGGUUAUGGGUGCCGCAUCCUGGUAGUGUGUGAGGGCCAGACGGUGCUGGAUGUGACUGACAGCGAGCUGACCGUUACCGUGCGUGUGCCCAAAGACCGAUGGUUCUGGCUGGAUUAUGUGAUGGUGGUUCCUGAGGAUACAUACACCUCCAGCUACCUGAAGGAGGAGUCGCUGGACAAAUCAUAUGACUUUAUCAGCCACUGUGCAGCCCAGGGCUACCAUAUCAGUCCUAGCUCAUCCCCGUUCUGCCGCGAUGCCGCCAUCUCUCUCUCUCUCUACUACAACAAUGGCGCCCUGCUGUGUGGCUGCCACGAAGUGGGUGCCACAAGUCCCACGUGUGAGCCCUUUGGUGGGCAGUGUCCGUGCCGUGCCCACGUCAUUGGCCGGGACUGCUCCCGCUGUGCCACCGGCUACUGGGGGUUCCCCCACUGUAGGCCCUGCGACUGUGGCACUCGUCUCUGCGAUGAGGUAACUGGUCUUUGCAUCUGCCCACCACGUACCCUGCCGCCAGACUGUGUGGUCUGCCAGCCCCGCACCUUUGGAUGCCACCCCCUGGUUGGUUGCGAGGAAUGCAACUGCUCAGGGCCAGGGGUCCAGGAGCUCACGGAGCCCAGCUGCCACGUGGACAGCGGCCAAUGCAGGUGUAGACCUAAUGUGGCCGGGCGCCGCUGUGACACGUGUGCCCCUGGCUUCUACGGCUACCCCAGCUGCCGCCCCUGUGACUGUCACGAGGCGGGCACUGUGCCUGGCAUGUGUGACACACUCAGUGGCCAGUGCUUCUGCAAGGAAAACGUGGACGGCCCGAAGUGCGACCAGUGCCGUCUGGGCACCUUCUCGCUGGACGCUGCCAACCCCAAAGGCUGCACACGCUGUUUCUGCUUCGGGGCCACUGAACGCUGUGAAAGCUCACCACAUGCCCGCAAGGAGUUCGUGGACAUGAAUGGUUGGACGCUGCUAAGCGGAGACCGGCAGGUGGUGCCCCACGAGCACAGGGUGGAGGCAGAGCUGCUGUAUGCCGACCUGCGCCGUGCCCCGGAGACCCAGUCUGAGCUGUACUGGCAAGCUCCGUCUUCUUACUUGGGGGACCGCGUAUCAUCGUAUGGCGGAAAGCUCCGCUACGAGCUGCACUCGGAGACCCAGCGAGGAGACAUCUUCAUCCCCACAGAGAGCCGCCCAGACGUGGUGCUGCAGGGCAACCAGAUGAGCAUCACCUUCCUAGAGCCGGCAUACCCGCCACCCGGCCGCCGUCACCUUGGCCAGCUGCAGCUGGUGGAGGGAAACUUCCGGCAUACAGAGACCCACAACACUGUGUCCCGGGAGGAACUGAUGAUGGUGUUGGCUGGCCUGGAGCAACUGCAGAUCCGAGCUCUCUUCUCCCAGAUCUCCUCAGCCGUCUCCCUGCGCCGAGUGGUGCUGGAGGUUGCUGAUGUGGGGGGCUGGGGGCCUCCAGCCAGCAGUGUGGAGGUGUGCUUGUGCCCUGCCAACUACCGUGGGAACUCAUGCCAGGAAUGUGCCCCCGGCUACUACCGUGACACCAAGGGCCUCUUUCUGGGCCGCUGUGUUCCUUGCCAGUGCCAUGGUCACUCAGACCGCUGCCUUCCCGGCUCGGGCAUCUGUGUGGGUUGCCAGCACAACACGGAAGGAGACCACUGUGAACGUUGCCGUCCAGGCUUUGUGAGCAGUGACCCUGAGGGGCCUGCAGCCCCCUGCACCAGCUGCCCCUGCCCCCUCGCUGUGCCCUCGAACAACUUUGCUGUGGGCUGUGUCCUGCGUGGUGGUCACACCCAGUGCCUCUGCAAACCUGGCUACGCGGGCGCCUCUUGUGAGCGGUGCGCACCUGGCUUCUUUGGGAACCCGUUGGUGCUGGGCAGUUCAUGUCAGCCCUGUGACUGCAGCGGCAAUGGUGACCCCAACAUGCUCUUCAGUGAUUGUCACCCGCUCACAGGGGCCUGUCACGGCUGUCUGCACCACACCACCGGGCCUCACUGUGAGACCUGCGCCCCCGGUUUCUAUGGGAACGCCCUGCUGCCCGACAACUGCUCCCGAUGUGACUGCUCCCCGUGUGGGACGGAGACCUGUGACCCUCACAGUGGACACUGUUUGUGCAAGCCGGGCGUGGCAGGCAGGCGCUGUGACCGCUGCCAGCAAGGACACUUUGGCUUCGAGGGUUGUGGGGGCUGCCGCCCAUGCGCCUGUGGACCAGCCGCCGAGAGCUCUGAAUGCCAUCCCCACAGUGGACAGUGCCGCUGCCGGCCGGGCACCGGGGGGCUGCAGUGCCGCGAGUGUGCCCCCAGCCACUGGGGGAUCCCUGAGCAGGGCUGCAAACGCUGCCGCUGCCAGGGGGGCUACUGUGACAUGCACACGGGCCGCUGCUCCUGCCCCCCUGGGCUCAGUGGGGAGCGCUGUGAUACAUGCAGUCACCAGCACCAAGUGCCUGUGCCCGGUGGGCCUGGGGGCCCCAGCGUCCACUGUGAAGUGUGUGACCACUGUGUGGUACUGCUCCUGGACGACAUGGAACGGGCCAGUGCACUCCUGCCCGCCAUCCGAGAGCAGCUGCGUGGCAUCAACGCCAGCUCCGCCGCCUGGGCCAGGCUGCACCGGCUGAACAUGUCCAUCGCUGACCUCCAGGACCAGCUCCGGAGCCCUGUGGGCCCUCGCCAGGAGACCUCAGUGCAGCUGGAGACACUGGAACAGCAGAGCGGGAGCCUCAUGCAGGACACACAGCGUCUGGGCGGACAGGCCGAGGGAGCCCAGCAGCAGGCCAGGCAGCUCUUAGACAGUACCGAGGCCAUGAAGGACCGGGCGCAGGCACUGCUGACCACUAUCCAGGCGGUGGCCGGAACCCUAAGAGAAAUCAUGGUCCAGACAGACCACCUGUCACCGGCAAAUGCCUCGGCCCCAUCAGGUGAACAGCUGCGCCGGACACUGGCUGAGGUGCACAGACUGCUGGGGGAGAUGCGGGCCCGGGAUCUGGGGCCCCCACGGGCAGUGGCUGUAGCGGAGCUGGACAAGGCACAGAGAUUGCUGACCCAAGUGAAAGAACAGCUGACAAGUCGCUGGGAGGCCAACCAGGCACUGGCUACACUCGCCCGAAACCAGCUGUCCCAGCACGAGGCUGGUCUCAUGGACCUGCGCGAGGCCCUGAACCGGGCAGUGGGACUCACACUCGAGGCCGAGGGGCUCAACAGCCGAAACCUGCAGCGCCUGGAGGAAGUCCUGCAUCGAAAGCAGGAGCUGUCUCGGGACAACACUACUCUGCAGAGCAUCCUACAGGCCGCCAUCGAUACCCUAGCCCGAGUCUCAGGAACCCUGCGGGGCAUAGAUGAAGCUAAGGAGGAGUAUGAACGUCUGGCCGCCAGCCUAGAUGGGGCUCAGAUGCCACUGCUCGAGAAGAUCCGGGCCUUUUCCCCAGCCAGCAGCAAGGUGGACCUGGUGGAGGCCGCUGAGGCCCACGCACAGCAGCUGGACCAGCUGGCACAAAACCUGUCCAGCAUCAUCCUCAGCGUCAACCAGGACCGCGUCAUCCAGAGAGCCAUCGAAGCCUCCAACGCCUAUGGUAGCAUCCUACAAGCCGUGCAGGCAGCUGAGGGUGCUGCUGGCAGCGCUCUGCUGGAGGCCAGUCACGCAUGGGCGACGGUGGUGCAACAGGGCUUGGCGGCCCGAGCCCGCGAGCUGCUGACCAACAGCAGUGCCCUGGAGGAGGCAAGCCGCCAUGGACAACAACGACUGGGCCCUGUGUGGAAUGCCCUGCAAGUUGCUGGGACCAGGCUCCGAGACAUCCAUGCCAGGAAGGACCAGCUGGCCGCCCAGAUCCAGGAUGUGCAGGCCAUGCUGGCCAUGGACACAGACUCCACAAGCGAGAAGAUUGCCCACUCCAAGGCUGUGGCCACCGAGGCCCAGGACACGGCCGCACGUGUCCAGUCCCGGCUUCAGGACAUGCAGAGCAACCUGGAGCGGUGGCAAGGCCAGUUUGGGGGUCUGCGGAGCGAGGACUUGGACGAAGCGGUGCGCAGCGCUGGCCACUCAGUGUCUACCCUGGAGAAGACGCUGCCACAGCUGUUAGCGAAACUGAACCUGCUGGAAGGCCGCGACAGCCACAACGCCAGCCUGGCCCUGUCCACCAGCAUCGCCCGCGUGCGCCAGCUCAUCGCCCAGGCCCGGGGUGCAGCCAACAAGGUCAAGGUGUCCAUGAAGUUCAACGGUCGCUCUGGGGUACAGCUGCGGACACCCCGAGACCUGUCUGACCUGGCUGCGUACACUGCCCUCAAGUUCUACCUGCAGAGUCCAGAGCCAGCCCCUGAACAGGCUGCUGGGGACUACUUCGUACUAUACAUGGGCAGCCGCCAGGCCACCGGAGACUUCAUGGGUGUGGCGCUUCGAGACCAGAAAGUACACUGGGUAUACCGCCUCGGGGAGGCUGGCCCCACAACCCUCAGCAUCGAUGAGGACAUUGGGGAGCAGUUUGCAGCUGUCAGCAUUGACAGGACCCUGCAGUUCGGACACAUGUCCAUCACAAUGGAGAAGCAAAUGAUUCAUGAGACCAAAGGCGAUACAGUGGCCCCAGGGGACGAGGGGCUGCUCAACUUUAAGUCUGAUGACUUCGUCUUCUAUGUGGGGGGCUACCCCAGCAACUUCACGCCCCCCUUGCCCCUCCGCUUCCCCGGCUACCGCGGCUGCAUCGAGAUGAGUACCCUGAAUGAGGAGGUCAUCAGCCUGUAUAACUUCCAGAAGACCUUCCGACUGAACACGGCUGUUGACAAGCCUUGUGCCCGUUCCAAGUCCACGGGCGACCCCUGGCUCACAGACGGCUCCUACCUGGAUGGCUCCGGCUUCGCUUUCAUCACCUUCGAGAGACAGCUGAGUCACACCAAACGCUUUGAUCAGGAGCUCCGACUGGUGUCCUACUAUGGCGUGGUCUUCUUCCUGCAACACGAGGACCAGUUCCUGUGCCUGGCUGUCCAGGAGGGCCGCCUGGUCCUUCUCUAUGACUUUGGUACAGGCCUGAAGGAAGCCACCCCCAUGCUGCCUUCCUCUCCAAUACUGACUGCAGCCAGCAAGGCAGUCCAGGUGUUCCUGCUUGGUGGGGCCCGGAAGCGGGUGUUGGUACGUGUGGAGCGGGUCACAGUGUUCAGUGUGGAGCAGGAGAACUCUCUAGAACUUGCCAACUCCUACUACCUGGGGGGCGUGCCGCCUGACCUGCUGCCCAUGAGCCUAUGGCGACUCUUCCCAUCCGGAGGAUCGAUCCGAGGCUGCAUCAAGGGCAUCAAAGCCCUGGGCAAGUACGUGGACCUCAAGAGGCUGAAUACCACAGGCAUCAGUGCGGGCUGUACAGCCAACCUUCUGAUAGAACGUGUCAUGACCUUCCAUGGUCACGGCUUCCUGCCCUUGGAGCUCCCAGAUGUGGCACCUCUCACCGGCAAUGUCUACUCCGGCUUUGGCUUCCGCAGCACCCAGGACCGUGGCCUGCUCUUCUACCGCGCCUCCCCCGACGGGCCAUGCCAGGUGUCCCUGCAGCAGGGUCACGUGACCCUCCGGCUACUAAGGACAGAGGUGAAAACCCGAGGGCGCUUUGCUGAUGGUGCCCCCCAUUAUGUCACCUUCUACAGCAACGCCACCGGGGUCUGGCUUUAUGUGGACGAUCAGCUGCAACAGACAAAGCCCCACCGAGGCCCGCCCCCUGGACUUCAGCUACAGCCCGAGGGGUCCCCAAAGCUCCUCCUAGGAGGCUUGCCUGAGUCUGGAACCUUCCAGAACUUCAGUGGUUGCAUCAGCAAUGUCUUUGUGCAGCGGCUCCUGGGACCACAGUGGGUGUUGGACCUGCAGCAGAGCCUGGGCGGUACCAACAUAAGUGCAGGCUGUGUUCCACUUCCCCAGGCCCAGAGCCUGAGGGCGGGGCCAGCAGGACUUCAGGCCUCUGUGCAGAAGGCUUCCCGCCGCAGCCGCCACUCUGCCAAGGACCCCACCUGCUCACUGUCCCAGCCCCUCAGGAGCCACAUAGGUGCCUACCAGUUAGGGGGUACCCUGUCCAGCUACCUGCAAUUUUCAGUCCCCCAAAGUACCUGGCACCAGCGGAACUGGGGCAGGUCCUUUGCGUCCAUAUGGGUACAGCCUCACACCCCCGACGGUCUCCUGCUGCUCGCUGCCCCCCUGACACCCGGCUGCCACUCCCUGGUUCUCUUGUUGGACCACGGACACUUGGUCGCAAAGACAGAAGGUCCCGGACCUCAGCUUCGUGUUCAGAGCCACCAGCAGUUGCAGAUUGGCCAGUGGCACAAGGUAUCUGUUCGCUGGGAGACGAGACACAUCCAGCUGGUGAUAGAUGGAACCUUGGCCAGGAGUCCGGAAAGACCCCGCCGAUACCAGGGCGUUCAGUACUGUCAACCCAGCUCCCUCUUUGUGGGGGGUCUCCCACCUGGCAACAACUCCCAGCUCAUGGUGAGAAGCCUACCCCCAGGCAUCCACCUGCCCAACCACAGGCCGGGAUUUAGUGGCUGUCUGAAGAGGCUGCGAUGGGAUGGGCAGACUCUGGGAGCCCCCACACGUACCACAGGGGUUAUACCCUGCUUCUCAGGCUCCCUGGAGGCGGGCCUGUUCUUUGCUGACAGUGGGGGCGUCAUCACUCUAGACCUCCCAGGGGCCCCAGGACCAGGUCUGCAGCUGGAGCUGGAGAUCCGGCCUCAGGCAGCCGUUGGCCUGGUCUUCCACUUGGGCCAAGGGCAAGUGCCCCCCUCCCUGCAGCUGCAGCUACUGGAGAAGCAGAUCCUCCUCCGAGCAGACGAUGGAGCAGGUGAAUUCUCACUAGUGGUAACACAGCCCAGGGCUCUGUGUGAUGGGCAAUGGCACCGUCUUGCAGUGACGAAGGCUGGAGCUGCCAUUCGGCUGGAGGUGGAUUCCAGAAACAACCACACUCUGGGCCCCGCACCAGCCACUGCCAGUGCCCUCACACCUCUGCACCUGGGGGGCCUGCCUGAGUCCACAUACAGCACCCCACAGCUCCCAGCUUACCACGGCUGCAUGAGGAACCUGCUGGUCAAUGGGGACCCUGUCACUGUGACCCACUUUGCUGACGUCCAGGGGGCGGUGGGGACCGGCGGCUGCCCAGUCACAUAG